AUGUCUUCCUUAACUUACUACUCCCUUCCUGGGUAUAGUGAAUCUUGGAGAGAAAAGUAUGGAUUUAGCGACGCCUGCCUUCUGGGAAGCCGUUUGGAAGUUACCGGCCAAACCGGCAAAGAUCCUUCAACGGGAAACGUUCCCGCAACUAUUGAAGAAGAGAUUGCACAGGCAUUUUCUAAUAUGAACGAUGUGAUUCUUCACUCUCUUCGACAAGCUGGCAAAUUGUCCAAAGGAGAUGGAGCAACGGGCUGGGACUAUGUCGUCAAACUGCGAACAUACCAUGUUGGCCUGUCCAAGAUGCAGGACCAAGCUCGCGAUAUCAUGGUCCAGAAUAUCAAGAAGUGGUGCCCCGAUCAUCAACCAUUGUUUACGAUGAUUGGUAUCGAGAGCCUGCCAUUUCCAGAUCUCCAUGUAGAGAUUGAGGUUAUCGCAGAGGUAUAG